GCGCAGUGCGGCCGGACCGUACCACCCUGAGGGGAACGCGCGGGGGGGGGGGGGAACAACGGCAGGGGCGGGAACGGGCGAGUCCAUUAGGAGCCGAACCCGGGGGAGGUGUCGGGGAGGCCCCGGGGCCGCUGGAGAUGCUGCGGCGCCUUUUGGGGGGGGGUCUGCGGGGCGGUGGGGGAGGGGCGCCCCGGAGCCCCCCCGCCCGCGCCGCCGCCGACCAGACCCCCCCGGACCUGGCGCGGGAGCGCUGCAAGGCCGUCACCUCCUUCUACCACCAGCCCGCCAUCGACGCCGCCGCCGACAGGCCCUCGGUGCGCCUGACCCCCACCACCAUGCUCUACGCGGGGCGCUCGCAGGACGGCAGCCACAUCCUGAAAAGCGCGCGGUACCUGCAGCAGGAGCUGCCCGUGCGCAUCGCCCACCGCAUCCAGGGCUUCCGGAACCUUCCCUUCAUCAUCGGCUGCAACCCCACCAUCCUGCACGUGCACGAGCUGUACAUCCGCGCCUUCCAGAAACUGAGCGACUUCCCCCCGAUCCAGGUGCGCAGUGACGAGGCGCAGUACUGCGCGCUGCUGCGGCAGCUGCUGGAGGAUCACAAGGACGUGGUGACGCUGCUGGCCGAGGGGCUGAGGGAGUGCCGGAGACACAUACAGGACGAGCGGCUGCUGCGGCCGUUCCUGGACAAGACGCUGACGUCGCGCCUGGGCAUGCGGAUGCUGGCGGCGCAUCACCUGGCGCUGCACGAGGACAAGCCGGAUUUCGUCGGCAUCAUCUGCACGCGCCUGUCGCCCAAGAAACUCAUCGAGAAGUGGGUGGACUUCGCCAGGCGUUUGUGUGAGCACCAGUACGGCAACGCCCCGCGUGUGCGCAUCAACGGGCACGUGGCGGCGCGCUUCCCGUUCAUCCCGCUGCCCCUGGACUACGUCCUGCCCGAGCUGCUCAAGAACGCCAUGAGGGCCACCAUGGAGUCCCACCUGGAUACGCCCUACAACGUCCCCGACAUCGUGGUGACCAUCGCCAACAACGACAUCGACCUCGUCAUCCGGAUCUCGGACCGUGGCGGUGGCAUUCCCCACGAGCUGCUGGACAAGGUCACCGAGUACCACUUCAGCACGGCCGAGGCGAGCGCGCAGGACCCGCGCCUGGGGGGGCCCUUCCGCGGCCUGAUGGACGCCAGCGGCCAGCCCGGGCCCAUGCACGGGUUCGGCUUCGGGCUGCCGACGUCGCGCGCCUACGCCGAGUACCUGGGGGGGUCGCUGGUGCUGCAGUCGCUGCAGGGCGUCGGCACCGACGUCUACCUGCGGCUGCGGCACAUCGACGGCAAGGCCGAGAGCUUCCGCAUCUAGGGGGGCUUCGGGGGGCCCCGGGAACCCCCCGAGCCCCACGCGGCUCACGGGGGGCUGCAGAGCCCCCAGAGCUGGGUUCUGCCCAUGGGAACCUGGAGAACCCUCAAAGGUUGGACUUCGGGGUCGUGGAACCCCUAAAAGUUGGGUUUGGUCAUUAAAAUCAUGGAGAACCUUCCAGAGUUGGGUUUUAGUCAUCAAGGUCAAGGAGGACCCUCAAAAGUUGGGUUUUGGUCAUUGAAACCAAGGAAAACCCUCAAAAGUUGGACUUUUAGGUCAUUAAAAUUGUGGAGAACUCUUAAAAAUUGGGGUUUGGUCAUUAAAAGCAAGGAGAACCCUCCAAAGUUGGGUUUUGGUCAUUGAAACCAAGGAAAACCCUCAAAAGUUGGACUUUUAGCUCAUUAAAAUUGUGGAGAAAUCUUAAAAGUUGGGGUUUGGUCAUUAAAAGCAAGGAGAAGCGCCAAAAAUCAGACUUUUAGGUCAUGGAACCCCUAAAAGUUGGGUUUUGGUCAUUGAAACCAAGGAGAACCCUCAAAAGUUGGACUUUGGGGUCGUGGAACCCCUAAAAGUUGGGUGUUGGUCAUUAAAAUCAUGGAGAACCUUCCAGAGUUGGGGAGAACUCUCAAAUGUUGGGUUUUAGUCAUUAAAGUAAUGGAGAACCUUCCAAA